AUCGCCACGAGCCCUACGGGUGGCGAGGUGAAGGGAGACUGGGUCCUCUUCCAUCCAGUUUAUUCUGCUGAUGAACUUAAAGCCGUCGAGGUUCUUCACCGCGAUGGCAAGAACUUUUCAGAUAAGUUCGCCAUUGGACUUGCCAAGCUGUUAAGAUGGGGCUUCGACCUAGUAUCUGGCUACAAGCACAAGACAGUACCUGCCGGCUCCACCAUGACUCUAGAGGAACUUCGGAAGGGAGGCUACGUCAUGAACGAACACGAAUGGUUGAAUCGCAUUUUGUUCCUUGAAUCCAUCGCAGGUGUGCCUGGAAUGGUGGCUGCGACUGUCCGUCACCUGACAAGUCUUCGUCUGAUGCGGAGGGACUCUGGAUGGAUCCAUACACUGCUCGAAGAAGCAGAGAAUGAGCGGAUGCACCUGAUGACAUUCAUGACUCUUCGAAAUCCUGGGAUCUUCUUCCGCGCACUCAUCCUCGGUGCACAGGGUGUCUUCUACAAUAUCUUCUUCUUUUCCUAUCUCUUUUCGCCAAGUACCUGCCAUCGUUUCGUUGGAUAUCUGGAGGAGGAGGCGGUCAGGACCUAUUCAAGCUGCAUAAACGAACUUGAGGCCGGCCGAUUACCAUUAUGGUUCGACAAGCCGGCUCCGGAAAUCGCCAAGGAUUACUGGCGACUUGCACCGAAUGCGACCAUGCUCGACGUCAUCUAUGCUGUCCGCUCAGACGAGUCGACACAUCGUUUCGUCAACCACUCCCUCGCAAACCUCCAAAAGGAUGACGUGAAUCCUUUUGCGCUGCGGGAGCCUGACAUGCACGUCAAGGGAAAACUCAUCGAAUUUGACAGGGCCGCAGCGGCUAAGUAUGUGAACGAUUCGCAUCAGAUGGUAGAUAAGCAACAGGCUGUUCAUCAGUAG